AUGCCUGAUGGUGGAAUCACGGCCUUCACCCUCUCUAUGGGUCUUGCCAAUGAUGCGAGUGGUGGGACAACUGUGGACAUUACGGCCGUGUGCUUGGCAAAUUUGCCUGGCCCAGCAAUGCAAACAGAGUAUGUCAACGGGACCGUGUGCUUGCUGGCACCCGUGGUCGCUGUUCUCGAGGCAAGCUUCGCUGAGCCUCGCUUUGAGGAUGAAGAUCGCUGGGCGAGGCUGUUGGAGGCGGCUGGGGCUGCCCUGCAGUCCGAUUUGGCCGGCACCUGCGUCCUGGCGGCUGUCCAUUGGAAGCCGGUCUGGCUGACGACACGCCAACGGCUGCUCCAUGCUCACAUCAUCGGCAAUCUGUCUGCUUGCGAGGCGGUGCGGCGCACGCUUUGGUCCGGAAAGCGUGGGCUACUGGAGGAUCAGGCAUGGGCAUGCUGGAGCUCGACGUUCGACACGGCGGACCUGAGCCCAGACAAGAAGCACGGCAGGGCUCGGUUGGCUGCUCUGAAGCUCUGGGAGCGAGAGCCCAGCCCGGGCUUGGCCCUGGAGCUUCCGGUUCGCUGGGUGCCCCAAGGCAUGGUUGAAGAUGCUGCCAACCCGGUUUCCGCGCUUCGCCCCGGCUGCCACUGGCAGCGGUUCUUCGAACUCUUUGGGGAGCUCUUAAUCCUCGAGCGCGUGCUUCGAGAUUCCGGUCGCGUUGUGCUCCUGGCGCUCUUCGAACGGGCCUCUGCAGCCCUCGCAAUGUACGAAACUCUGGCAGGACGCUGUCUGUACUGGCCGUGUCAAGCACGGGCUCCCACCUUCCCAGCGAUCUGCACCCUGCGAGACUACGACGUCCUCAAGGCACAGCUGUGCCGAGGGGAGCCGGUUCAGGACGACGAGGCAGCCUACAUCCUCCGCCGGUUAGAUGGAGAGAUGGCUCUGGAGUGGUCGAACCCGGUUCCCCCGGAGGUGCUGCUCAUCACGACGACCUCGCCAGCAGUGGUGUGUGGCCGUGAUGGCCCCGUCGCGCUGCGUUUGGCGCACGUGUCCAAGGCUCAUGCGGUCCUCCGCCUGUUCAGAGACACGUCUUCUGUCCCGGCUUCGUGGAAAUUGACUGUCCAAGACACGUCGAGCAACGGAACCUGGGUAAAUGGUAUCAAGCUCAAGCCGAAGACCCAGCAGGAGCUGAAGCUGCAUGACCAGGUUUGCUUCGUGCCACCGGCGCCGGCUGUUCGUCAGUUGAUCUACCAGGUGCUGCCUGGCAGCGUGCUCCUGCGGCCAGCGGCCCCGCCUGUGGUUCCACUGCAGGCGAUGAUGACCUCGGUUCCCGGUUCGUUGCAGCCUCCAGAAAGUAUGCCCAACAAGCGACCGAGGCUUCAGGAUGACUCGCUCUCCUCUUGGUUGGGGUCUCUCGGAGAUCCAGCAGUCCUUCGAUACGAGCACCAGCUGUGCAAGAUGGUUCCUGCUGCAUCAGAGCUCCGAGACGCUUAUGCCUACAACAUCAGCGUGGCCUUCUUCAGCUACGCCACGCCAGCUGAGAUCCAAAAAAAAGAGUACGUCGGGGUGCUGGAGAUCCUCUGCGAGUUCGGCUCCCCGUCCGCGGUGAUGACCGCAACGGCCGACUGGACUCCGGAGAGCAAUCGAAUUCACUGCGUGAGUCCACCACUGUCCCGGCGACUGGUCGCAGCGCCCGAAGUUGGAAUGCGGGGAUACAGCGAGGAAGUGCCCGUCAACCUCCACUUGAAAUACUAUGUCUUCAACGAAGGAUGGAAGCGCACCGAUGCGCUGACGUUUACAUAUCGGCCCGAAAUAGAAAUCAUCCAGAAUCAAACGCCGCCUCUGGUGCGGCAGAUCUUUCCCGGAGUCGUGCGGAUUCCUGCCAAGUAUGAUCUUAGCAUGCCCAGCCUGCCUCUGAUGCUCGUGGAAAUGAAGGACCUGCCACCGGAGUCCUACAAGAAAGAAGCCUUUGCAGCCACUGCCGGCCAUCAUCUCACUCGGGCGGCUUCGAAGGGCGCCUUGCGCUGCCGGUUACAGGCGUCCGUUCAGGUCGCAGUGGAGGCAUCUGUGCUUCAACCGCCGCUCGUGACGACUCCUGCCGCAGGGUCGGAAGACUGGCCUGGGGUCCUCUGCAACGGGACUGCAGCUGCCGUGAAGGCAGCGGUGGAGAUCAAUGGCACGUCCUGGGCGACGGAUGCCCUGGUGCAAAUUUCCGUUGAUGCCGGCCUCAGCUGGUCACAGAUCGCGGAUCCUGCCCUCGUGACUUUGGUCGGCCCGGAUGCAAUGAAGGUGACUGGCCUGCUGCCCAAGGUGAGACUCUCGUCGGCAGUGUCUGCCAACAUCUCCGUGCUGGGCGUCGGCUUCAGCCUCCUCCACUCAGCCCUUCAGCGGGGGCAGAACAGCGGUGCCGUUCUGGAAUGUGUUUGGCUGCCGUCCACCGCGAGCACGCGUCUGCAGAGCUUGCACUACGGCAUCCAUGGGGCGGCCACGAACCUGGUCUUGCCGUGCGAAGUCUCUGAUGACCCCAACAGCUGCCUUCACGUGGUCGUGCCUACGCCCGCCGUGCAGCAGGCAACAUAUGCGGUCCCAGAAAGUGGCGGCAAUGUCACCUUCGAGGUUGCUGGCCUGGAUUCGGCAGCAGAUGGCCUGAUGAGUCUACUUUGCCGCUUCCGGCAUGCGGCCAGCAUCCUGGGGCCGAUGUUCACGAAGCCCUACGUGACCACUGGGAAGCUGCAGGCCUCAACAGUGUUCUGCACCUCACCCGACUGGAACACCAGCCUCACUGGCGGCUUUGGCCACGAUCUCACUCAUCGGACAGAUGAGGAGUGGUGGUGGCUGGUCGACCUGACCUUGGACUCAUCGACUCCUUCCUGGCUUCCUUCCGUCCCUGCUAAGGUGAGCAUCAGCAGAUGGGCGCUCGUGGACAGAAGUGAAGACCCUCCACCCUUGAAGAACACCACAGUCGAGGAGGAGCCGGAAGUGCAGUCCACAUGUUGGUGGUACAACCAUUCAUCCAAGGAGAUCAUUUCGACGACAGGGCCUUUGCAGGAGGUCGCUGAAGCCUUGAAGCCUUCGCUUCUCGUAGGGGACGGAACGAUGGUUUGCAACUCGCCCGUAGGAGAUGCGGGCGGAGGCCUGCCGGCAUGGUCGCCUGUAGACACACGGCAAGGAGGCUUGGACUUGGCCGUGGCGACCGAAGGGUCCGACUUCAUUCGGCUGCAGGGGGAGACGGUCUCAGGCACCUGGAAGGUGGCCUCUGCGCUGGACGUCAUGGAGCCAGGCCAGCCGGUUCCCGCCCUGGUGCCCACCUUCGCCAUCGUACCUAGCUUCAUGGACCCGGAAGCUUUGCCAGAGGCAGCCAUCCUUGUCGGGUAUGGGUUCUCCGGCAACAGAUGGACCUGCCGUUGGACUUCUGUGAAUACCAAAGGAGUACCAUUUCGGUACUUCGGCACGGUCAUCAACAACACCGCCCUAAGCUGCCCCCUGCCCCUGGAGCUGAAUCGAACGGCUGCGUUGCUGGGGGCCAGCACGAGGUGGGAGCUGCAGGCUAUGGUCGAGACCCCUUCCUUGAGCACUCUGCCCUUGGUUGCAGAAGUCUUGCCCAUUUCGUCCAAGCAGUAUCCAGCGUCGCCAACUGACUGGGGACAAGGUGAUUGCUUGCAGCAGACUGACAUCUACCGCUUCCGCUUCGGUCCAUGUGACCGACGUCCCGUGACCUGUGCGCAGCCAGUGUGUCGACUGACACCUUUGAUGGGCGUAGAACACGGCGAUGUCGAUGCAGGCCUUGGAUCUGCGCUGCGGGAUGACCUGAUGGAUGUGGCUUGGACCGAUGGGGAGGUACUCAGUUCUGACAUGCAGGGGGAGGUCCUCUGCGACAUGGAGUCUGCGCUCCGCCGAGCACCCGUUCCGAUGGCGGCGACCUUGAAUGAGAGCCGGCCCUACCUUGUGGUAGCCAUCUGUGACGGGCUCGGACGACGUCCGCCAGCACGAGUGGCCAGAAGCAUUUGGUGGACACCUGCUUGGUCCGUUUCCUGGGAGAUGCCAAGCCACAAGCACUCGGUUUCUCCCCGAGUCGGCCUGAAAGUCGCUCUUCCUGACCUACCGCUGCUCGAAAUGGAGGACGAUGAGGCAGGCAAGCGCCCCAAGGUGUGGUUAGAGACACCUCUGCAAGUGGACCAUGCAGAGCAGUACGGAGGUUUGGCUUUCUCGAUCGCAGCAGAGACGGAGAGUUCCUCCGUACACCUGGUCGGGCAGCCGGCGACGUGUCAUCUUUCAGGCAAGGACUCCACAGCGCGCAUGGUGCACCCUUUCGACUCAAGCGCGUUCUCCACGGCAGUGGCAUGA